AUGAUGGAUACGCAGAAGACUACAAAUGGUUUGCAAGUGAUUGGAGAAGGGACUGGUAUAGGGAAAUCGACACUCCACAUGGUGGGGUAUUUGGGAAAAAAGUGUGAUCCUGUGGAAACAACAACACAUGAGUAUUGUCCAGUCUGCAAAGAGAAGGGCCAGAUCCAAGUUUUACGGACUUACCGCAUUAAUUUUCAAGAGUCCAUUUUUCUUUGUGAAAAUCCUCAGUGUAUCUACCCACUUGGUUAUAAACCACUAAACAGCAUAAUUACUUCUGCUGAUGCAGUAAAUCAUGACGGUCCAUCUACUCAUAAGAAAAGGAAAUUACAUGAUAGCAAUGACUUUUCUCCUGUUGAAUCGUAUCCAAAAAAAGCAAGAACUAAUAAUGUGGUAAAAGUUGAGCAUGCUAUCAGUACAGACCAUGUCAUCAGAUGUUAUCAGAAUAACUCAUGUAUUCCCAAGUCAAGCCUACCAAAUGACCAGCAGAAACUCAAUAACAAUGUGGAGUCUUGCAUGCAGAAGGUGGAUUUGGAAACAACCAACAACAACAAUCAAGAAAUUCCUCAGGCUUCUAGUCCCAGAACACCAGUCUUGCCAAAUUCCGAACUUUGCUCAACAUCUGAAAUUUUGCUCAAAGAUGAUAAAGGUUCCCCUAAUAACACAGAUUUAUGUCUCCAGUGGAGAAACACACAUGAACUUUGUUGGUUAGAUUGUAUUUUGUCAGCACUGGUACACUUAGAAACUUUAAAAUUUGCUCUGGCAGAAGAAAAUAAUGAUGGAAAAUGUUUACUCCAGAAACUCUUAACAAAAUAUAAUCAAGCAACUGUGCUUCUGAAUACUUGUGAAAGGAGUAAAGUAAAAGAUGUUCUUCCAAAGGCAGAAUCUUAUCUCAAUGAAAUCAGAAACAUAAUUUUUACACAGCUUCAACCUCGGCUUAAGAAUGAAUUGGGUAAGAAGGAUAGUCCAGCGUUUGCCCUCCCUCUACUCUUAAAACUGGAUCAACAAGCUGAGAAGCUAUUCUUGCAUUCGUUUUCAUGGAAGUUUGAAUGCGUAUGUUGUGGCUACAAAUACCAAGACCGAGUUAGGAAAACACUAACAACAUUCACAAAUAUAAUCCCCCAUUGGCAUCCACUUAAUGCUGUUCAUGUUGGACCAUGUAAUAGCUGCAGUGAUAGAUCUCAAAGAAGACAGAUGAUACUGGAAAAAAUAUCCUCAAUAUUAAUGUUACAUUUCGUAGAAGGCUUGCCACAUAACAACCUGAAGAGCUAUUCAUUUCAAUUUGAAGAAGACACCUACCAAAUAACAUCUGUUGUUCAAUAUCAAACAGAUAAGAAGCACUUCAUAACCUGGGCUUUGAAUCCUGAUGGAACUUGGCUUGAAUGUGAUGAUUUAAAGGGGCCAUAUUGCAAGAGAUAUACAAGAUUUGAAGUUCCUCCUUCAGAGAUUCAUAUUGUUAUCUGGGAAAAGAAAACAUCCCGUGUGUCAGAAGAAUUGAAUGCACAGUUCCAGAGUAAAAAUAUUGAAGAUUUUCGUCUUAAUAAUGUACAGCCAAAUUCCACAGUCUUGCAUUGUGGUGUUAUUAACACUGUGGAUAAAAUACCUGCAGAACAUCACAAAGAGGAUUCUGUAAGAACUCCAGAUCAGAAACAGCAGCGGGUAACUGAGGAUGAAAGUAGUGUUCAUCAUGACUUGGAAAAUGUGGCACGUGAUGAUCUUGUAACACUGAUGCUUGAAGAAAUUCAGGUUGACUCAGAAGGUAAAUCGCAGUCAAAUGGACAGAUGGUGGGAAGUAACCUUGUUGAAAUGGGCACACUGCAAUGGGGGGAACUAGCUUCUUCACCUAGCACUCCAUAUAAAGGAGGGUUUGCUGGAACUAGUCUAGCUAUGAACAACAAAGCAACGUUAUAUGAAAAUUCCAGCAUAUGCUUGCCUCUAGAAGAGUUGAACCUAGCAAGUAUUACUCCUCCUGUGCCCAGAAAACAUGACCCAGAUCCAACUGACUUGCUGCUUGCUCAAAGAACAGAUGACAGAGCUAAUUUACCUAACAGAACUAAUUUACCCAACAGAGAACACAGAUUAAAUUCAGAGCUACAGCUAAAUAAGAAGUUGUCACCAGUAGAGAAUAGUAUGCAAAAAUCACCUGACUUGAAAGAUGCAAGCAAAACUGUAGUUAAUUCUCAGGUUGCCAAUUCUGCUGCUGCCAAUAAUUCCUUCCAGCCUUCACACAAAGACCAAAAAAGAGGAUUUGUAGGAAGCUGGGCAAAGAAACUACUAACCAAGAACACUUCUUUUAUGCCUUCGAGUGCCUCAGCUCUCAAGAAUGAGAGAAUGCGCACAGCUCCCUCAGUGCAAAAAGUAAGUGAAAUGCCGUUGCCAGUUAAGGGAGCAAGUAACUUUGGUGGAUUUCAAAGCAGAGCUGGAAACAGAACAACUGAGACUCCAAAGCCAGUGGCUCCUCAGAGUAGUAAUACUCAUCCUUUAUCAAAUGUCAAAGGUUUCUCUCAAAGCGCUCGUCUUCCAACAACAAGUCAUACCACUGUAAAAGGUCCAACUUGGACUAAAUCAGGAAGUGCUUUGGGUAGCUCAGGUAAUGCAACUCAGCUCCAUUCACCUACCUGUAACUCUGGGAAGGCAGAGAUGUCAGAUAGGGACAAAACAAAAAAGCUUCGCCUAAAGCUGUUAAAAAAACUGAAUGCUAAAAAGAAGAAGUUGGCUUCGCUGGAUAGGCUGGCAGUGGAACAGAUGAAAUGUGGAAACCCUGUGAGUGGACAUGUGAGCACCCCAUCACAGACUGCUUCUCACAAUGACAGUGAAUUACUGCAGAGCUUUUUAAGGGAACUGCAACAUCAGAUGGACGUUGCAGAUAAAGAAUCUGAAUUUAAUGCAAACUCUGUAUCAGGGUGCAGUAGCCAUAAUAGCAGUGACGAAAUACUGGCAGAACUUCUGUCCCCUACUUCAACUGUUGCUUCCUUAGAGGCACCCAGAAGUGAAGAUGAAUGUAUGUACAUGGAAAUGGUGGAUAGCAAUGUUGCAGCAACAGUGACUGAUGAGAAGUCCAGUGUGCCACAUGCAGCUGUGACGAACGAGGACCACAACUAUUACAGUCCUUUGAAGGAAAGUUACUCAGAACUUCAUGCAAUAAGCAAACCCAGUGUGAAAAAACUUGCUUUUGAAAGCCCUGUGAGAGAAGAUAUCCUUGAAGACCUGUUCUCCAUUUCAGCACCAAGCUCAAUGGCAGGUGACAUAGAUGUACCUCAUUUUGAUGAAACUCUGUUUGAAACUUGGUAA